AUGUCUGCGCUCCAAAGCGUCAAGUUUGUGCCCCCGGGCGGGCAUCGGGCGUGCGCCAACUGUUCGAUAUCUAAGGCGCGGUGCAUCACGCCCGAGGGCGCCGCAAGGUGUGAGAGUACCUCCAGCGUGGCGUCUGGGCCGGCAUCCAGCCAGGUCGCGGCCCCAACGCCGUCUCCGGUGCCAGAUGGACCUCCCGCUAGUAAGUCGAGCUCGAGCACAGCGAGGCGCUCCUCGGUGAGCGCCUCAUCAGUUGGUUCAUCUGAUGUAUCACGCCGGCAACAACAGCAGGGCGCCAAGGCCUUGCCGACACAAAAUCCACAACGGUCGACGCGAUCCAUCAUGGAUCUCGCCGCCACCGAGGCUUCGUUGGUAGGCAAGCAGGCCGAGGUCUUGGUGGCCGAGUUCAUGAAGCACCGAGCCCGACAUUGCCUCGCCGUCGACCUUCCGCGAGACGCCACAGUGGCAAGACUGAAGGAGGAGCACCCGCUGAUCUUCCCCAUCAUGGUCAUGGCGGCCAACUACUACGACCACGAAAGCCAACACCGCCUCUUUAACCGUCUCGUGUCCUUCUUUGUCGAAGAGAUCACGCAGGCGGGGGAGAGGAGCCAUAAGUUGCUGGCUGCUACCAUCUGUCUGUUGGAUUGCAUGCAUAUAACCAAGCUUCCCAACCCUCAACAGCUGGGCUUGAUCCAUCUCACCCUGACCAUGUCUAGUGACCUUGGCUUAGAGAGGAUUCCACACACACAUUCGUCGUCGGGAUCAGGAGACGUCUGCGCCGCCGCUUGCGGGCCCUUUGGGGCGGCCGGUGCCCAAUCCAGGCCGACGCUGGAGAGCUGCAGGGCCCUGGCUGCUAGCUAUCACACCAUAUGCCUGUUCUUGAUGUCCAUGGGCCUGGGACCUUCCCUGCACUGGCCGCUGCACUGGUCGCCGCACCUGACCGAGGCCAUCUCCGAGCUCGAGCGCGCGGGCGGUGGCUGGUGCUCAAACGAUGGCUAUCUCGCCGCCAUGACCAGGCUUCUGCAGAUCAUGGCGCAGGCGACCGAGGGGCAUGUGGACCCCGACACCGAGGCACCGCUGCCAGUGGAUCUCGGAGCGGCCGAGGCAAAGAUUGAUGGAUUCUUGAGGAGGAUGCCACGAGAGUUCCAUGAGGAUGCAAUGGCCAUGGCCGAGUACCACAAUGUUAGGAUUCUUCUUUACAAGCACAGCAUCCCGGGCAUAUCGAACUCGCUCUUUGUCAUGCCAAACAUGGUAAUACCGCAGCGCGAGGCUCAGUACCGGUGUCUGACAUCCAUACGCGCCAUAUUUCGACUGUACUAUUCCAUACCGGACCACAGGCUCGUCCACCUCCCCGGCUGGUUCUGGGGCUUUCUUCAAAACACAAACGUGGCGCUCGGCAGGCUGGCCGACCUGGCCGCGGCGCAGCAGGGGCGGCGCGGGGGGUGGCCCCCGGACUUUGUGCGGAGCGCCCAGGACAACGACCGGCUGUGGAACUUUGCCGAGCACAUGGAGAACCUGGCGCGGCGGCUCGAGGGGGUCAGGGCGGCCAUGAUGGCGACGGGCGAGGUGUCCAACAACAGCAUGUUUGACCGGUGGGCCGAGCUCAUCAGGGCCGCGCCGGGCCACGAGCCGUUCCAGCAGCCGCGGGGAGGCGCCGAGCAGUCGGUCGUGUUGCCGGAGCCGCAGCAGGUCGCCAUCGUCGAGAGCCAGCCGCCGCAGCCGCCACCCCAGGAGAUCUUCCAGUUCGACCCAAACGCGUGGGCCUCGGCGCCCAACGACUGGACCUGGUUCGACUGGUACGAGACGGCGCCCGUGCCGGUAUACAUGCCUUACGAAGACCAACAACAGCAGGGGGGCGACCCGAAUUAUCCAGGGGGCAGCCAGGCCGGGUGGUAUGCGCCGCCGCCGCCGCCGCCUCCUCGGUGA